GAAGAUUUAAACAUGGCUGAUUUAAUCAGUGGUCAGAGGUACGUUCCUGAAGAUGGGAUAUCAGCUGCAACAAUGAUGGAAUCUGGAUCUGGAUUAACAUACAAUGAUUUUAUCAUUCUGCCUGGGUACAUCAAUUUUGCUGCAAAUGAAGUGAACUUGCAAUCACCAUUGACAAAAAAGAUUAUGUUGAAAACUCCAUUUGUCAGUUCGCCUAUGGAUACUGUUACAGAAUCUGAAAUGGCAAAGACUAUGGCUUUGCUUGGAGGGAUUGGUAUCAUUCAUCAUAAUUGCUCUAUCGAGUUUCAGGCUAACGAAGUUCACAAAGUUAAACGUUUUGAGCAAGGUUUUAUUAACGAUCCUAUUGUUUUGGGUCCAACACACACUAUAGGUGAUGCUGUGGCUAUACAUAACAAGUUUGGAUUUUCCGGCUUUCCCGUAACAGACACUGGAAAGAGUGAUGGAAUAUUGAUAGGUAUGCUGACAAACCGAGACAUUGAUUUUAUGACAGAGGAUUUGUAUUCAACGUCGGUAACAGAGAUUAUGACUAAAAAGGAGUCUUUGGUGGUAGCAGAAUCUGGUGUUACUUUGAAACAAGCUAACGAAAUUUUAUCGAAGAGUAAAAAAGGCAAACUCCCGAUUGUUGAUUCUGAUGGAAGAUUGCUCUCGUUGAUCGCAAGAACAGAUCUACGAAAGAAUAAAGAAUUUCCACUCGCUUCGAAAGAUCAGAAAAAGCAAUUGCUUGUUGGUGCUGCCAUCAGUACUCACGAUAAUGAUGUAGCAAGACUGGAUGCCCUCGUUGAAGCAGGCGUGGAUGUCAUCGUGCUUGAUUCUUCUCAGGGAAAUUCAUCCUAUCAAAUCAACCGUUUAAAGGAAAUCAAAGAAAAGUACCCCGAGCUUCAGGUUAUUGCAGGAAACGUUGUGACUGCAGCACAGGCGAAGAAUUUGAUCGAUGCAGGCGCAGACGCCCUUCGUAUUGGUAUGGGCAGUGGCUCGAUCUGUAUAACCCAAGAAGUGUGCGCAGUUGGGCGACCACAAGCCACUGCUGUGUACAAGGUUGCUGAGUAUGCAAGACGGUUUGAUGUUCCAUGUAUAGCUGAUGGUGGUAUCUCGAAUGUUGGACACAUCAUCAAAGCGUUGUCGUUAGGGGCAUCCACUGUAAUGAUGGGAUCUUUACUUGCUGGUACUGUGGAAGCACCUGGUGAUUAUUUCUACCAAGACGGUGUCCGCUUAAAGAAGUAUCGUGGCAUGGGCUCAAUUGGUGCUAUGGAAAGCAAGGGUAGCCAAACGCGCUAUUUUGCUGACACUUCGAAAGUUCGGGUGGCGCAGGGUGUGAGUGGUUCUGUGGAAGACAAAGGAAGCUUGCAUCGCUUUAUUCCUUAUCUUGUGGCUGGAGUGCAACAUGGCUGUCAAGAUGUGGGGACAAAAGAUCUUACACGACUGAGGGGAAAGAUAUACAGCGGUGAAUUGAGGUUUGAAAAACGUACAGCGUCUGCUCAACGUGAGGGAGGAGUGCAUGGAUUACAUUCGUACGUGAAACAACUGUAUUGAGCGUCUUCGAAAUUUUAAUUUUCCGAAAUUUUAUUUUUUGACAUUUUUUACUGAUCAUUAGAUAGCGGAACGUUUAAUUAUCGUAGUAGAAUCGGGUAAUGCCUCUAUUUUUUUGUUGCCGUUUAGAAUUUUUUUACUGUACAAAAAGAGAGUUCCAGUUUCAAUAAGUCCUCCAGCGCCUACCUUCUGUGAUGUUGGGGAGAAAAAGCAUUUUUAUAAAAUAUCAUCAUAAUAUUUCCUGUUUUUGUUUAACUCGAUAACUAGAAUUUUCCCCAAUUUCCCUGUAGCUAUCCAAGCUGUGAAAUUUGCUGAUAUACCUCUUGUUUCAAAAAAUAUCUCGUGAGACUCUCGGGAUAUUUAGAGGAAGCACAAUAUUUCAUUCUUAACCCAAGUUGGGUGGAAACAUUGCAUGUUGGGUUUUAAAGCAUUUCUGUAGUAUUGUAGUGUUGUAGCUUUUUUACUCUUUUUCUUUUAUUUUUAUAUUGUGUAAGAUUUUUUUUGUUUUCAAAGAAUAAUAUUGUGAGUUUAAAAUUUUUAAAGAAUACAUUUAGAAAAAGAAAAAAAUUAAAAGAGUAAAUAUAAUAAACGAAAUCAAA